UUUUACUGCAGAACUGUUCUGUGUUCAGCCAAAUCCAGCGCUCUGACCUGAAAUGAAGUGCAUUGUUUAGUUUUGUUGUGGAAAUGGUUACCUGGUAAUUACCAAUAUGAGCAGAUGAAUGGACUGUAAUUAAUGACAUUUUGAGCGCUACAUCCCUAUAAAAAUGAAUGGAAGAACAUGUAAUAGAAGCCACCAGACAUCAGGUACACCACAGAGUCCUGGCAUGAUCAAUGGACAGCAUAUUCCCCUUAUCAGGGUACAUUCAGGUACACCAUGCCCUCUUUCCAACAGAGCAACACCUAGUCCUGCAACUGGAAAUGUAUCCAAUAAUGCCCUUGUAAAAAUACCACUGAGCUAUACACCUCAUUCUGGGACAGUUCCUCAGAUCAGCAUAAGUGAAAACACCAUUCAUCUUCCAGCUUUAAGCCUGAGGAGACAAGUGGUGAUUAAUGGGAAACCCACCUUCCCAGUUCCACAGCCACCAGCACCUCCAAAAGCUUGUGACUUUGGGAGCAGCUUCCUGAACAAUGAAAUUAAAGGAAGCCUUGGCUAUGGCCCACAGUGCAAAGCCAUUGGGAAAAGCAGCUGCAACAACUUAGUGGUCACAAACAGCCCCAUGAUGGUCCAAAGAUUAGGGCCUAUUUCUCCUGUUUCCAGCCAGGUGACAGCUACAGGAAAUGACCUCAGCGCCAGCCUCCAGCAGCCCAUGAAUUCUUCCAAUCUUGUCAUCCCACACUCAGGUGCAAGGUCCCUCUUGUCACGUGAGUCAUUGGCCUCAACUACUCUGAGCCUCACUGAAAGCCAGUCAACCUUGAGUGUAAAACAGGAGUGGCCUCAUCGCUACCGGAUCCUUCCCUCCCUACCUUUGCAAAAUGGCAAUAACAAUGAAAAUGAACUGGGGGAGAUACUGAGCAUCCCUCCAGGGACCGCUGUGUCCAACACUAGUGUUGCCAACUCCCUGCCCUCCUACCUCUUUGGGGGAGACAGCCCCCAGCAUUCAGCCUGGUCUCAGACAGCCCGUUCUAAGAAAAGGGCACUCUCCCUGUCUCCACUGUCAGACGGAAUUGGCAUUGAUUUUAACACAAUCAUCCGCACAUCCCCCACCUCAUUGGUAGCGUACAUCAACGGUUCCAGGGGCUCACCUGCCAAUGUCUCUCCACAGCCAGAAGUUUAUGGGCACUUUCUAGGGGUAAGGGGCAGCUGCAUUCCCCAGGCUUCUUUAAACCCAGGCUCCCAAAGGCAUUUGCAGUUGGCCAAUAGUGUUCCCCAACUGCAACCCUACAGUGAGCAGCCUGAAGCUGAAUACCAGAGGAUGCAGCAGCUAGAGCAGGGUAACCUUCAGUACACUGCUAUGAACAACAUGGUUGUCCAACAAGGAAUUCCCGUUAUUGAAAGUAAGCCUCUUGGCUCAGUGUUUAAGAGUGAGCAAAUGGACACCUUCUCACACAUUACCCCCACUAUGGACAUGUCUGCACCCCCUCAGGGCUCCCCACCCCCUUACCAUUCCCACCAACACUUGCAACCCAAUGAGGUCUUAAAACAACAUUCACACCAUCACCCCAACCAUCUUUACCAUGGCCUACCUUCCUCUCAGCUGUUGGAAGAAGAUGGGGAGCUGGACGACUUCAAUGGUAAGCACUGUUGCCGGUGGAUAGACUGCAGUGCUGUAUAUGACCAGCAGGAGGAGAUGGUCAGACACAUUGAGAAGGUGCAUAUUGACCAGCGGAAAGGGGAGGACUUUACCUGCUUCUGGGCUGGCUGCCCUCGAAGAUACAAGUCUUUUAAUGCCCGCUACAAGCUGUUGAUACACAUGAGGGUGCAUUCUGGAGAAAAGCCAAACAAUUGCACGUUUGAAGGCUGCAAGAAAGCAUUUUCCAGGUUAGAAAACCUCAAGAUACACCUCCGGAGCCACACGGGAGAGAAACCCUACCUCUGUCAACAUCUUGGCUGUCAAAAGGCCUUCAGCAAUUCCAGUGAUCGAGCAAAACAUCAGAGAACUCAUCUGGACACAAAACCCUAUGCAUGUCAGAUUCCUGGCUGUACUAAGCGGUACACUGAUCCAAGCUCCUUGCGAAAACAUGUAAAGGCACAUUCCUCCAAAGAGCAAGCCAGAAAAAAGGUAAGCACUCCCAUCAAGCCUAGUGCCUUACUGAAGCCUCUGUAUAACACUAUGAAUUAUGCCCCUGCAGGCAUGCUCUCGAGCACCCAGUCAAGUCGAAGUGGAACCGCAACAAGUGCUGCCCCACCUCCUCACCCGUUGCCACUGCAGGGUAGCCCACACCAUGCCCACAGCCAGUUACCACAGAUCUCAGCGGCGGAUGACGGAAGCAAAAGCAGGUUUACAGCCCCAUCUCCUCAUCACACCAGCCCAAGGAGAAUCCCUGCUCCCCCUUUCAUGAUGCAGAGGAGGACCCCACAGCCGCCCCACAUCCAGCAGAACUCGCAGCCUUGCCUGAAACCCUACCAGACAAAUGCUCCAGUGCAGCCUAGUGGCAUCCAUGUUCAAGGUUUUUAUGGGCAGUUACAGACAUUUUAUCCUCCUUCAUACAGUGAAGCACCAAGGACCAUGCAGAACCAAGUUUCUCGUCACAUGAUGUCUGUACCCCCAUUUGAGGAUUGUCUAUUUCCCACAUCUAUGGGCCAGGCAGGAUUAGAUGUUUUCCAUAGAGCACUGUCAGCUCAUUCUGGUAUCACAGUGUAUGACCUUUCCUCAGCUUCACAAGGAAUCUUUGGAGAAUCUGUGCGAAAUGUUGCCGAGGACCCCGGCUUCCACCAAAUGAAUGCUGUAGACCGGUGUCCCAGUCAGCUUUCUUCUAUUUACACUGAAGGAUAGUAAUAGUAUGCCAUUUACUACUCCAAUUCUGAUCCAACACCUAAACUAACAGGUUUUCAUAAGAAGAGAGAACUUUGAACCGUAAAGAUUAUGAACACCUGCCAGUAUGCACUAAAUUGGAAUUGUGUGAUUUGUAAUUCAAGUGAAUAGAAAAAGGUUGCAAUUGUCUACAUAAUGCUUUUCUUGAGAUUACUAAAAGGUAAUACAAUGAUUGCAUCAAUUGUGUCUUCUUAAAAUUCCACAACAAUUAUUCUAUUGAAUAUCUAUCUUUCUGUCUGUGUGGUGCUUUCAAAGGGAAGAGAUUUUUUAUUAUUAAAAUAGAGAAUGGCAGGGGAACCCCAAGUGUCUCAUUAAAGCUCUGCCGCUGGGAGCACGGGAUGAGUCACACAGCUUGGACGGCGCUGGUUCACGUUCAGGCUAUGCAGAGGCCAAACUUUGCUGGGGACCUCAAAGGGGGUUUCACAUUGGCUCUGACACUCCCAGAGGGCCUCCUUCUCCUCAUUGUGCAACAGCAAACCCUAAUGGCCAGGCAAUGAGCACAUUCAGAGUGGAUAAAAAUCAGGGCUGAUCUCUAUUCUCUGGGAUCGGUAGUCUGUCCACAUCUGCUCUGGAUUGCUUGCCGUAAAAGCGAUUCUGGCUUUAGGCUUGCGAGAUCGGAGGAUGCUCACACGCCCUCAGAACAUCUGAGAAAAAAAUAUAAUUGGACAUUCCAACCUGCGGGGAAAAUAAAAUCCAGAUGACAUAAAGAGGUUACAGGUUACACUGUAGACAACAUUUUAAAGACAAAUGUGGCUUUCAAUAUCAAUAUUAUCUUUGCUUGCAGUACAAAAAAAGUGAAAACACAAACAUCUCACAUGCUCAGCAAACUGUAGUCAAGUGCCUUAUUACAGACAUAAACUAUUAUAACCAAAAUACUCGUGCUAGAUUGCCCUAUACAAUGUAUUUACAUAAUUCGAGUUACAAUACAGUUUCUUAUGCAUGUGUUGCUCAUUGAAGUACAACUUUAAUAUAUUUAAUAUGUAUAGAUAUUUACUGCAGUGCUCUGUAUGGUAUUCUGUAUAAGGUGCAUCGAGUGCACAAGGACAUAACCGCAGGUCGAGGUUUUAUAACUAUUGUUUGAAAUUAAAAUUUUUAUUUAAGCAUUUUACCACCGCAUGACAUUAAAUUAUUUAUAUAACCUAAGAAUGAGUGCAGUGGUAAAAUACAGAUUUCAGGAAAUUGAAAACUUUCAGCAGUUUAAUGUGUGUAUUAUCAG